GGUCAAACAAUGGCGGACUCAGCUGUUCUGCUGAGGUCCUUAUUUAUCUUCUGUUUAUUUCUGUCGUUUAAAGUCUCGACUACAGACGAAAUUACAACGAACCACACAUUUAACACGACUGCGUCCGGUGACCGUAAUGUGACUUCUAACGUUACAGACAGUUAUACAACUGCUCAGCCUCCAGAGUCUGAGACUACACAACCGAUACAGAUCUACAGCAGCACAGAGCAGCCCGGUCAACCGACACCUCCCGCGGAGCCGCUGCCCGCCUCCGGUCGCCUGCUUACUCCUGCUACUAACGUUGACAGUGUGUGUCCCUGUGACCAGUCCAGAGGUGUGUGUGACAUCAACUGCUGCUGUGACAGGGACUGUGGUGAGGAGGCGGCUCUGUUCACCGGCUGCUCCGUGACCUCGGUCAGUGGCAACAAGCAGCUGUGCAGCCAUGAUGUGGCGUUGUACUCUUUAGGCAGCACCAUAGACGGCUACUCAGAUCCACAGGUGUCUGUCACCAAGGAGACCAGUUAUAACAUUUUCUGCAUUCAGUCACAAAACAGUGUUGAUGGAUUCUCUCAUCCCUCUCCUGUUCUUCCAACCAAUGGCAGCUUUGACUCUCUGUUUCAACAAUUCACCAGCUUUAUGUUUGACCUGGAGGGAAACAGAGGUCAGCUGUCUCCUGCAGAGCUCCAGGCCUCCUCUGGAUACCAGUUUGGGGAUGAGAUGCUGACCACAGGUGAAGGUGGAGACAGAGGUUUGUUCUCAUUGCCAGCUCCUGGUCUCACUGCUGACUGUGUGGACACCAGUCCUGCAGCGUUCUUAAAGGAUCAGAGCAGAGCCUGUUCUCGGCGUCUGGUCCUGGACCAGGACUGCAGCACUUCAGUGGCCCUCAACAUGGACACCUACACUAACAUCCAUGUCUGUGCCGCGAAGAAUAAAGAUGCAGCACUUGUUCCUGUGGAGGUAGCUUCAGUCAUCCUGCAGUCUGUAGACCAGACUCAGACUGAGCUGAGCAUGAGUGAGAGAGAAGACCUCAGUCCUGUUCUCCUGAACCCAGGCCUCUGUGCUAAUGUGGUCCUGAAGGUCGGGUAUGUGGUGACGUACAGUCCAGCAGGACAGAUACUGAAUGUGUCUGUGUCUCUGGUGCUGGGAUUUGUCCGUAAAGCUGCUCUGCCUCUGAAACAGGACUUUCAGAUCACCUUUGUUCAGCAGAACGUGGAGCAGGCCACAGUCCACUACAGUGGAAAUCCAGGUUACGUGGUUGGACUGCCUCUAGUGUCCGGAACAAGAGCAGCAGAUGGGAUUGUCAGGAGCGUAGACCUCAGGGACACACUGUCUCUUCUCCACAGUGCUGAGGACCAGGACUGUCUGCAUGGUCCACAUCAGCGCUCCCCAGUCCUGUUCGGUCUGGACUCUUUGUCUGGCUGCACUUUAAGACUGGAGGACGCUGCCAACUGCUCGCUGGUGUCCCAGCUGCUCCUGGAUGUCCUGAGAGGAACAGACUCUCCCCAGUACGUGGCCUCAUUGGGAAACUCCCCAUUAAACAAUCCAUUGGACUGGGUGCAAGUCCAUAGCAGCUUCAACCCUGGGGACGCCCAGAGUUGUAGCAUCCCGUUAUCCUUUCAUCUAGAAGUUGAGUGGACCAAACAUGGAUCCCUGGUGAACCCUCAGCCUCAGAUUGUGAGCAUCAAAGAAGUGAUCCAGACCAACAGCACCAGCUUGUGGUUUGGUGGCAGUAGCUUCCUGUCAGUCAGAACCUCCGUGGCUUUCAUACCUGUGUCUGCUGCUGCUCUUCCUGGUUACAGAGUUACACCCACCAUCAAUGCCAAACUACCCUUCGACUUCUUCUUCCCUUUUGUCUGAUUAGCUUGACAGUCCACACAGGUUCCACUCACCUGAGUAUGCUAACAUUUAGCAUGAACACUGCUGUGU